AUGAUUCCAUCUACAUUGAAAUCAAUUUUCGUCGACGGUGAUCUUGAUGAUUCAUCUGUAAUGCCUGAUGUUCAACACCAUUAUCGUGAUAAAGAUCUUCUUCUCACAAAUUACUACGACGAUGCUGAUGAUGAUAUUCGCGAUCAGAAUUCACCAUUCUUCGGUCUGUUUCCACCAACAUCGGAUGGAUUAUCAAAUACAUUACUUUCGGCAUGUCUUAGUCAUGAUAGUUCAGGUUCGAGUUCAAAUGGUUCAUCGACUGCAUUUUCGUUUACUGACUCAGCUUAUGCAUCAUCACAAUCACCACCACCACCGCCGUCAUCGUCAUCAUCACAAUCCCAACACUCGACUAAUCCAACUAGUCAAUCAAUUUCGAUCAUGCGCGGCUUUCAAGUUCAACAACAAGGACAACCAUUUCCAGCACAGAAACAAUCGAUGAAAUUAACUCAUUCGACAUUACUUGCUGGCUUGACAACAUCAUCACCAAGUUCAAGUUUAUCGAGUGUUCAUUCAACGGCCGAUAAUCCUUGUUGUUCGUCAUCACCAUUCUAUCACAAACAACAGCAACAACAUCAAGAAGAUCACUACAACUUCUGGAAUUGUCCCAAUUGUCAAGAAGCUUACAAACAAAAUCAACCGCAAGUUCUCCCGUGUUUUCAUUCACUAUGCGAAACAUGUAUUGAGAAAUUAGCUGACAAUGGUACAAUCUCUUGUCCGUUGUGUGGUUUGUCAACUAUGUUAUCCGAUAUUCUGCCUGAUUACACAAUGCAAAAUCAACCAUCGAAUGUUUCAAAUGAAUAUAUGUUAUCAUUAGGCGAUGGGUCGACACAAUUUUGUACAGCAUGUAAAAGUUCAGAAUCAAUGGCCGUAGCUAAAUGCUUCCAAUGUUCGAGCUUCCUUUGUCAUCAAUGCGUUUGUGCACAUCAAAUUAUGAAUUGUUUCGAAGGCCAUCGUGUUGUUCAUAUAAAAGAACUCGACGCGAAUGGAAAUGAUCAUCGAGUAAUGUUUUGUCCAAUACACAAGAACGAUGCGUUGAAAUAUUUCUGUGCAACUUGCAAUAUGCCAAUUUGUAAUACAUGCACAACGACCGAUCAUGGACGUGCGGGUCAUGAAUUUUUUGCAUUAAACGAUGCUGGCUCACAUCAAGUCGCCAAACUGCAGCAUAUGGUAGAAAACACUCGUCAACGUAUGUCGGAUUUGAAACACUCGCAGCAAACCGUUGAUCGAUGUUAUAAUUCAUUACAAAAUCAAUAUAAUAAAGCUCAGCAUGAUAUCAACGAAACUUAUAAUUUCUAUCGUCAAUUACUCGAUGAAAGAAAGCACGAUCUUAUCAAAGAAUUGGACACUUCGUUCAGUGAAAAACAAAAUCUAUUAACAAGUCAAAUGCAAAAGAUCGACGAUGCCAUUGAACGAGCGAACCUACCAUUGGAGUUCUCGGAUCGAUUAUUUAAGAAUUCGUCAACGACGGAAAUUUUAAUGUUCAAGAAACAAUUGGAAACGAAACUGAAUACAUUAAAUCAGAGCAUACCUGACAGCAACGGACAAUCGGCAUUUGAAUUAGAAUUUGUCUCAAAUUUUCAAGCCAUUCAAACUGGAGUACGAAACACGUUUGGCUAUGUUCGUUCAUCAGCAGAAACAGCACCAACGAUGAAUAACCACUAUAAACCCCGACCACAAAAAUUAACCAACGAUAAUUUUAGUAAAGUGAUCGGUCCACCAUCACUCAACGGAUGUCACAAUCAUAAUAAUCAUCAGUUGCAAACGAAUCUUCCAUCAUUAAGUCCAACAAAGUCGAUUCCCCAACAAACAAACAACAACAAUCAUGUAUUAAACGGCAUUGACAUUCUUUCAUGCAGUUUACCACAAACAACAUUGAAUAAAUACUCGAGUUUAUCUUCGUCAACACCAACACCUGUUAGUUUCUCUUUGUCAUCAAACGCUUUGGAUAUUCAUCCUUAUGAAUUAUGGUCAAAUGCAGCGCAAAUGGCUGCAACGUCACAACAACAAUUGUCAAGUUCGUUAGCAUCGAGUAACGGAAAUGGAAAUCUUAAUGGGCAAGAUUCUGUCGUCGAUCUGGUUGAUAGUUUAUCAUCCAUGGAUGGUUAUUCGGCAAUGGCAUCGAAUUUAUUAUUACCAACACGUUCGAAUAGUUCGACCAUAAAACGACAAAAAAUGAUUUAUCAUCAGAAAUUUGGCGAAUUCGGCGUUCUCGAAGGACAGUUUACUGAACCAUCAGGCGUAGCUGUCAACGCUCAAGGUGACAUCAUUGUUGCUGAUACCAACAAUCAUCGUAUACAAAUCUUCGAUUCGAAUGGACGUUUUCGUUUUCAAUUUGGUGAAUGUGGCAAACGUGAUGGACAGUUGUUAUAUCCCAAUCGUGUUGCUGUCUUUCGUCAAUCGGGCGAUAUUGUUGUUACUGAACGUAGUCCGACACAUCANAAUGAAUAA